UUUGAGCUCUUCCUUGGUGGUUAUGCUGGAGAGAACAACAACAGGAGCAGCAGUAAAAUAAAAUGGCUUCUAAGUUUUCAGAGGAGGAUUUCUCCUGUUCUGUGUGCUGUGAAAUCUUCAAGGAUCCUGUUGUUCUGCACUGCAGUCACAGUGUGUGUAAAGUGUGUUUGCAGCAGUUCUGGGAGACCAAAGGAUCCAGAGAAUGUCCUGUUUGUAGGACAAAGUCAUCUAUGAGUGAUCCUCCCAUAAGUCUGGCCUUAAAGAACCUGUGUGAGACUUUUUUACAGGAGAGAAGUCAGAGAUCUUCAUCAGGGUCUGAAACAGCCUGCAGUCUGCACAGUGAGAAACUCAAACUUUUCUGUCUGGAUGAUCAGCAGUUGGUGUGUUUGGUGUGUCGGGAUUCAAGAAAACACACCAACCACAAAUUCUGCCCCAUUGACGAGGCAUCAACAGACUGUAAGGAGGAGCUCAAAACUGCACUGAAGCCCCUACAGGAGAAACUGAAGAUCUUUACAGACUGUAAACUGAACUGGAGUCAGACUGCAGAACAUAUAAAGAUUCAGGCCCAAAAGACAGUGUGUCAGAUUAAGGAACAGUUUGAGAAACUUCACCAGUUUCUACGAGAUGAAGAGGCAGUCAGGAUCACUGCACUGAGAGAGGAAGAGGAGCAGAAGAGUCAGAUGAUGAAGGAGAAGAUUGAGAAGCUGAGCAGAGACAUAUCAUCUCUUUCAGACACAAUCAGAGCCAUAGAAGAGGAGAUGAGAGCUGAAGACGUCCUGUUCUUACAAAACUACAAGGCCACAGUGAAAAGAGCCCAGUGCACACUGCAGCAUCCAGAGGAGCUUUCAGGAGCACUGAUCCAUGUGGCAAAACAUCUGGCCAACCUGAAGUUCAGAGUCUGGGAGAAGAUGCAGGACACUGUCCAAUACAUGCCUGUAACUCUGGAUCUGAACACUGUUCAUCCUGGACUCGUUGUGUCUAAUGAUCUCACCAGUGUGAUACACAAUUGUUAUUUUGGUCAAAUGAAGCUUCCUGAUAAUCCAGAGAGAUUUGCUACAAAUACAUGUAUCCUGGGCUCUGAGGGCUUUAACUCAGGGACACAUUGCUGGGAUGUUGAAGUUGGAGACUGUAUACAUUGGUAUGUGGGUGUGAUGACAGAAUCUGCUCAGAGGAAGGGGGAUGUAUUUUCUAGAGGUGGUAUUUGGUAUGUGACUUAUUAUGAUGGUGUAUAUAAAGCAGGUUACACACCUAGGAUAUUUGGUUUUCUCUCAGUAGAACAAAAACUCCAGAGGAUCAGAGUGAAACUGGACUGGGAAAGAGGACAGCUGUCAUUCUCUGACCCUCUCACUAACACACACAUGCACACUUUCAAACACACAUUUACUGACAAAUUGCUGCCAUUUCUAUUUGUUACUGAUACAGAUUUUCCUCUAAAGAUCCUCCCAGUUCAUUGCUCUGUAAGAGUGAAUCAGAUCAGUUAGACCUCAUUGUUUUAUUUCAGUUCAUUCAUGAAAUAUUGUUGAUUAUGUUUUAUAUUUUUAUGAACAUUUUUACAGAAGCUUUUUAACACAAAUUGUGAAAUUUAUAGCAUUCCUUUUUUUAACUUAAGGCAAAAUAGCCAUAAAAUAUCUUUAAAUAAGUAAAUAAUUAGAAGUAAGGAAAUAGUGGCCCCUAAAAUCUAUUUGAACACUUAAGCCACACUUACAUAUGUAUCUAAAUGCAUUGUUAUUGUAUUAAACCCAGUUAUGUAUCAAAAGAUAGAUUGUUUUAAUAAUAAUAAUAAUAAUAAUAAUAAUAAUAAUAAUAAUAAUAUACACUGGUAUUAUUAGCCAUAAAAAACUAAGCCAUUCAAUAGUGGCUACAAUAAAUAGACAGUGUUUUCAUAGAUUAUUUGCUUCAACUUUCUGCAACUUUAAUCAACCAGAUUCUGUAACAGUUUUACAGAAUCUUCUAUAAAAGUUUUUCCACAUUAAAGCUUAAUUUCUUUCCCAUUGAAUCCAACAUCAGCUCUAUAUGGUUUAGGUUAGUACUGUACUAUGAGAAGUACCGUAUACUUUCAAAAGACGGAUUCACACUUAAUACCGAACGAUUCUCCUGCUGAAAAAUCAACUUCUGUCACUUGAAUAAUUUCUUACGCUUACAAAAUGUUAUCAGUGCCAUGAAUAAACACAUGCCCACGACCACCACUGUGGGGAAAAAACAGCCCUAAGAACCUCUGUGCUUUACAAUAUGCUCAUUUAUUCAUUCAUUGUUUUCUCCACACAGAUACCAUACCAUUAGUCCCAUCCAAGUUACAUUUGGCUUAAUCUAAAAAAAAAAGUUUUCCAGGAACUGCUGUGAUUCUGCUCAUGUUCUUUGCAAAUUUCACCCCUUUGUUCCUAUUUUUAAGGCUGAUAAAUGGUUUCUGUUGCCUUACUCUCCCUCUGUAAUAUUUCUGACAUGUUUUAAAUAUUUUUUGUUCUUGUUAGAUCCUGCAAUUCUUACUGAUGUCUAAAGAUAAGACUUGAACUUCAUACUUUUCGAUUCCUUUUCACCCAGCUGUUCACAAGAUAAUAUAUAGUGGAUAAUGUGGAUGUCAUAUAGGCUUCUCUAGAAAAGUAACUACAUGAUGUACAGUACUUCAACACAAUUUCUCAGGAUUUACUAUGGACCACCAAAAUAAUCUCAAUUGUCCAAAUAUGUUUUUUUAAUUAUGACCAGUAUAUCUAUUAUGUUAUACUGUCAAGUGAAACAAUAUAUUUUGGGGAGAAUUAUUUGCCUUUCUUUAAACUAAAUGACAUUUGGUUCGGUGUGUUGUUUUCUAUUGGAAUGAAAUUCAUAGAUUUGUAUGGGUUAAGUGUACAUGAAUAACCUCCAUUUUUCUUCAGGUUUGUAUGUCUUCA